CAGAGAAACAACAACACACAAUAUACAAGCAAGCCCUGUUACGAUUGAUGUCACGCGACUGUUACUUUCCACUAUUAUUUCUUUGAAAGAUCACAAGUGAGCAUAGAUAUUGCGAUGGAACAUAUUCUUGUACCCUACAACGCCGGUCUCCAACUUGGGCAAGGAUUCAACUCAUUCUUACAAGAGCCGUGUCUGCUGAACGCCGUGGAUAUACGAAGAGACUCGUUUCGGCCACGAACCGCAUCUACAAGUGACCCUGCUACGCCCAGUCAGACCGUCACAUAUAACUCUCGUCUUGUCAAUAGCAUCUCUGACGUAUUCAGUGCUUUAAACAUCUCGCCAGCUGUUAGCGUCAAGUUGGACACAACUCAGCUUCCUGAUGUGAACAUCGAUGAUAACAAAUUCGCAGCUAGCGAUUUCAACGCCCUGAUCAGCGUAAAUGUAGUCAAUAGCACUACGAGGACUCAAGAGGAACCCCGAUUCAUACCGUUAAAAGUCGUUGAGAGUGACCCAAGCAAGUUUCCCGACAUAUACGGGGACUGCUAUAUUUCCGGUUUCUUGGAAGGUGGUGUCAUUCAUGGGCUUGUGUCUGUGAAGGUUUUGGAUAGUUCUAUUAGAUCUGAGGUUGAGAAUCUCCUUAAGAUACAGCUUAGUCGCUUGACAAGUUCCGACAACACUAAACCCGGAGAUGAAACUGAUGCUUCAUCAUUCAAAUUUGCACCUGGGCUGAUCGAGACCACCAUCACAGUAAAUUGGUCAGGUGGCGGCCAAAUCAAUCCAGGCCGUGAGGCGUGGACCCUAGAUAGUCUUCUGAGCGCGGCCGCUAAGUUUCCGUCAAUGGUGGAGAAAUCACCCAUGCGCACGUGGGCUAUACUCACUCGAUAUGACAGAAACAGCGGUUUCGUGAAGUGGGCAGCAGAUAAAAAUGUUGUCAUACCUGACUUCAGCCGGGCCCAACAGAUUUCAUCCAAUCUACUAGACGAGUUUGUUGUCCACAAGCGCAACCUGUCUCUCCUUCAGGCCAUCAUGGCAGAUCCUACAGCGUAUGUGCCGUCGGCAGACAAGGACGCAAUCACCACAGAUUUCAGAGUCCUUAUUGAAGAACGAAAUAAGAUCAGAGACGAGAGGAGGAAAUACAGCCGCAUUAUAGACAGCCUCAACAGGGAUCCGAUGGGAAAGCCGAGAUUCGACAUCGCGGAUGCCAUUUCAUGGGCUCGCAGACUGCCUGUCCUCAAAGAACGCCCUGAUACAGGGAUGGCGACAACACCGCCCAGCGAGAUGGAACUGCCCCCUGGUCUACAGUUCUAGUUGAUACCUGAGACGUUCAUUCGAAGGAGAGGCAUAGUCAAUCGAUAUUUAUGCUCAUAUAACACAUGAUCCUUGGAGCUUGGGGAUCUAGCUUGAACUAGAGGAGGUUAAGCUAGUCUAAAGGAGGUUUCGAUCACGCAAAAAGGUUUCCGAGAAGCAAUGAGUGAGGCAUUGAUGCACACACUAUAGACGACUGAAAUACUUUUACAUAGCCAGAGUGAUCGAUUCUAAGGAGAGUAGUAUUUUCCAG